AUGAGCGAAGUACCGCCGAAUCUUCGUGAUUUCGAAGGGUACGUGGGCCACGACCGAGCUGCCCAAGAAGACCCAAAGGAGCGGGGCAUCUGGCAAGGCAUUCAAGCGCGGUGCAGGCGUAUCGACGAGUGCAUUAAAGAGUCUGAUGCUUUGCAAGAGAAGAUCUCCGCUCUUGUCGCAGAACAAUCUGCACGUAUCGAUCGUGGCGAAGAAACCUCAGCCCGCAUUGAUGACGAGCUCGAAGAUCUUCUGCGCGACAACAUCCGUAACCUUAACGAGGCGCAAACCCUUCUGCAACCUGUCGAAGGCGGCAAUGACGUCCACACCCAGAUGACGUUACUGGCCGCCCUCCGCAUGUCGGAAGAGGCCCCACCUUCAGCAUCACGAGCCACCAGCGUUGGGCAUGGAAAGUCUGGACGCGACCGCCAAGGCAAGCGAAAGCUGACCGAUAGCAUCGAUGACCGCGACAGCAUGGCUGCGGACAGUCCUGGAGGCCCUAGCCCAAAGGUCGUUAUCAGCAGCCAAAAAGAUCGACUGGUAGCCAAGUCGGGCAGUAGCAGAGCAGGAUCGGUACCUGUUGCGAGAGAAGGCAGCGUGAAGAUGGACGAGGACGAUUCGGGUAAGGAAGUCCGACCGCGUCUAUCACCGCAAACAGAAGUUCUCUACCGAAACAACGCGAAGAACCGCUCUUCAUCGUCCUCCAUGUCAUUCGAAGGUGAAGGCAUCCUCUGCCGCGUAACAUCGGUAAUCGGCGAAGGAAAGCAACGCCGGUACGAAAUUAUCGAUGCUGAUCCGGAUCCUCCGACACCAUCGGUACCAUACCGGGCUUCUGUAAAUCACUUGAUACCCAUUCCACCCCCCUCCUCCAACACCACACUCCCGGACCUUAGCAAAGGGAAGAACGUGCUCGCUCUAUACCCCGGUACCACCACCUUCUAUAAGGCGGAAGUGGUGGCUGUAUGGAGACAGAUCGAUGGCAAGGUCAAGAAGGAAGAUGGAGGCAAAGAAGGGGAGACUGUGGAUAACCUUGUCAGGUUGAGGUUUGAGGGUGAAGACGAGGCGGAUCGCGAGAUGAGUGUUGAGAGGAGACGCACCGACAUCGCCAUGAACAACUACUCUUUUCUGGAGUCCUCCCAGCAACAAGCCGCCCAACAACAGCAACAACACAAUCAAAACCGCCCGCCGCCCUCUCCCUCACAUUCACAAGCCGGCAGUAUUGCAGGAUCGCAAGUUAACGGCGGCGGCCAGAACGGCAUUCCAAUGGUCAAUGGCUUGCCGAGUGGGGGCCAGCAGACAGACAUGAAUCAUCUGUGGGCGGUAGUGCAGCAGCUGAGUCAGUUGCUAGAAGAGAACAAGGCGCAGACGAGGGGAAUUGUGGAGGGUGUCGCUGCGAUACAAGGGAGGGCGGCACAAGAAGAGGGAGGUGAGGUCGGUGGUGGGCUUAAUCUGAGAGGUGGAGGAGGGGUGGGCAUGAGGGAGGUCAAUGGGGAGAUAAAUGCAGCGACAGUAGCACAUCUGCAAUCACAGCUAACGGCCGCACAAUCUACCAUCGCCUCCCUAACCUCCACCAACUCAUCCCUCUCCGCCCUCCUUACCGACUACGAAUCCGCCUUGACUCUUCUCCUCGAUAAACUACGUCCUUACGCCUACUCCCAAACAUCUGCCAUGCUCGCCCUGCACAAAUACUACCAAGGGCUCCUUGACCAAGAGCGCUCAACAUCUAUGGGGCUGCGGCUCGAACACGCAGACUGGCAGGCCGGGUUGAGUCGCGUAGCGGAGAAUGCAAGGAACGCACUACGAUGCCAGAGUGAAAUUGAACAAGAGUUAAGAGGCAGAUGUAAAGAGUUGGGUGAAGAGAACCGGGUGUUAAGACGUAUGGUGGGGUGGGAAGAGAGGGAAAGCAGUGAAGAUGAAGCCGAUGACAAGGCAUAA